CGCGCUGGUGUUGAAUGUCGCGUUUGUAGUUUAAGAGCAGGGGAAUUGACGGGAUCGAAGUCGAUAUGAACAUUGAACGGACACUGUUGAUAGAAUUCUGAGAUUUAUUCGAACAAGAGGGAAGUUGGUGUCGAAUUGGACGAGACGCCUCAAUUCGUCUCAGCGGAACCGCGACAACUAUGCCAGCCAGGGCAGUACAACAGGAAGCCUCCGAGGCGGACACCAUCCGCAUCCUCAUCUCCACCGACAACCAUGUCGGCUACAACGAGCGCGACUCGAUCCGCGGCGACGACAGCUGGAAGUCGUUCCACGAGGUCAUGUGUCUCGCGAAGGACCAUGACGUGGAUAUGAUUCUGCUGGCGGGGGACUUGUUCCAUGACAAUAACCCGUCGCGGAAGGCGAUGUAUCAGGUCAUGCGAUCGUUAAGGAUGGCGUGUCUGGGUGACAAGCCAUGUGAGUUGGAGAUGCUGAGCGAUGCGAGUGAGAAUUUCCAUGGAGCGUUCAAUCAUGUCAACUAUGAGGACCCGGAUAUCAAUGUUGGCAUCCCAGUGUUUUCCAUACACGGGAACCACGACGAUCCAUCAGGACACGGGCAUAUGUCUGCCCUUGAUCUGCUUCAAGUUGCGGGUCUAGUCAACUACUACGGCAGGACCCCCGAGGCGGACAAUAUCACCAUCAAGCCUGUCCUGCUACAAAAAGGGCGCACGAAACUUGCCCUCUAUGGAAUGAGCAAUGUCCGCGAUGAACGGCUGUUCCGUACUUUUCGAGACGGCAAAGUCAAGUUCUUUCAGCCAAGCACCCAGAAGAAUGAGUGGUUCAACCUGAUGAGUGUGCAUCAGAACCACCAUGCCUAUACGGAUACUGGCUAUCUCCCUGAGUCCUUCCUCCCUGACUUCCUUGACCUGGUCAUCUGGGGACAUGAGCACGAAUGUCUCAUCGACCCAAACUACAACCCCGAACAGAACUUUCAUGUCAUGCAACCCGGCUCGUCCGUUGCGACCUCCUUAGUCCCAGGAGAAGCCGUGACGAAGCAAGUUACCAUCCUGUCCGUUACAGGCAAACAGUUUCAGUCGGAGCCAAUCAGGCUCAAAUCCGUCCGGCCAUUCGUCAUGAAAGAAGUUAUCCUGGCCGAUGAGAGGGCCAUGAAGAAUGUCUGGAAGAAAGACGAUAACCGGCAGGAAAUUACCCGGUAUCUCUCUACCAUUGUCGAGACGCUCAUCGAUCAAGCGAACUCCGAGUGGUUAGCUGCGCAGGAUGAAGAUUAUGAUGAGGAGGACCAGCCUCAGCCCUUGCCACUGAUCCGUCUUCGCGUGGAAUAUACCGCUCCGGAAGGAGGCCGUUUCGAUGUUGAGAACCCGCAGCGAUUCUCCAAUCGAUUUGUAGGGAAGGUGGCCAAUGUGAACGACGUCGUACAGUUUCACCGGAAGAAGGCUACGGCACGAAGAAACAAAGAUGGCGUUGAGCUACCGGAAGCGUCCGUUCUCUCGGCUCUAUCACUUGAUUCGGUGAAAGUCGAGAAACUCGUCAAGGAAUUCCUUACGGCGCAGUCUUUGACCAUCCUCCCACAAAACUCAUUUGGAGAUGCAGUCAGUCAAUUCGUUGAUAAGGACGACAAGCAUGCAAUGGAGACUUUCGUCAACGAAAGCCUUGCGAAUCAGUUGAAGCAUUUGCUUACCUCGGCCGAGAACGUGGAAGAAGAUGAUUUGACAGAGGCGAUGGAUGUGUAUCGGGCAAAGCUUGAGGAGCUAUUUUCGAAGGGGCACUUGAAGAAACGGUCGAGGAUCAGAUAUCGACCGAAGCCAACGGGCUGGGACUCAGAUAUGGAUGGAGAAUGGGAAGAUCAACCGGCAGCAAUCAUGCGGUCCGAAGAUGAACAGGAGGAAGAUGACGAUGACCUUGCCUCUGCUCCACCACGACAAUCCACCUCUGCGCGUGGUCGAGGCCGCGGUCGUGGUCGUGGCGGAAUGGCGGCCAGCAGCCGCUCCACCGCCGCGGCCAAGAAGGCUCCUGCCAAAAAGGUUCCUGCCAAGUCUUCCCGCUCCACCCGCCGUCCCGCUAUUGAGGAAAAAGAAGACGACGAAGACGAAGACGUGGUCAUGCUCGACGAUGAUGAGGAGGAUGAGGAGUCCGAAGAAGAGGGUCUCUUCGUUCGGCGCUCCAAGACCGCGCCAGAGAAUCCUACUAGAAAGUCAACGGCAAGGAAACCGGCACCGGCGGCCGCGAGAGGAGCGAAGAAGACGGCGACGACGACGAGGCAGUCGACAUUGAGUUUCUCGCAACGAGGAGCGUCGCAGAAACCUGCACCAGCGAAUACGAGGGGAAGGAAAGCGAUUGAAGUUAGUGACGAUGAGAUUUCGGACGAUUCAGAUGACUUUGAUCCUCCGAUGGCAAGAACAAGGGCUCGGCGUUAGAGCCGAGAUUUGAGAGGGUGUUGGCGAUGUGGAGUUUUCGAUCCAGCACGAUGUAGAGAUGAGGGAAGAGCGAGGGCAGUCGGAUAAAGCUCCCUUCAGCUUAGCGCGAGGCGUCACGGAGCACUUUCUUUGUAUGCUGUCGAUGCAUACUUUCUGCAGAUACCCAUCCUUCCCCUGUCUAUAGGCGGAUAUAUAACAAACAUUCCGAUUC